AUGAAUGGUCCUCGACUAGAAUGUUCAGGAAAAGUCUGGAGCUGUUACCCAAAGGAUUGGAAGUCAUUUAGUUCCAGCUGCUACUUUAUUUCUACUGAUGCAAAAUCUUGGAAUGAGAGUCAGGAGAACUGCUCUAGAAUGGAGGCUCAUCUGGUGGUGAUCAACAGCAAGGAAGAGCAGGAUUUCAUCAUCCUGAAUCUGCAAACAGAUGCUGUUUAUUAUGUGGGACUUUCAGAUCUAGAGGGUCAGAGACAUUGGCAGUGGGUGGACGGGACACCGUACAAUCCAAGUGCCACGACCAUGGUGACAUCUCUUCGUUAUAUAAGAAAACCCUAUGCAUUGACAGUCUUCUGGCAACAGGACCUAUGGAUGCACAAAUUGAAGAGAACCUCUGGGAUAUUUUUUGGGAGGAUGUUUAAAGCAUUAAGAUUCUGGCAUUUAGGUGAGCCCAGUCACAGUCAAGAGCAAAGUGUUACACUAACUUUUCGUUCAAGUACAAGAUGGGGCUGGAAUGAUUUCCGAGCUUUGGCAGCUUUCUUUUCACAACUUCAUGCACUGCCCUCUCAGGGACUACCUGAAGGGAUCCAACUCUGCUACGCUUUGCCUGGUCUCACAGGACCUCCUUUGAAAUCUCAGUGGAAGCCUCCAUGA